AGGCUCUGCAUUGACGUCACAAUGACACGGUGAAGCCGAAGACAGGAGCUGGGAACUGUUCUUCUGCUUCACUUUUGAUAAUCGAGUGAAUUUGUCGCCACUCCGUUCCUUCCAGCAUGGCUAAGAGCGCAGAAGUGAAGCUGGCGAUCUUUGGUCGAGCUGGCGUGGGCAAGUCAGCUCUCGUUGUACGGUUCCUGACCAAACGGUUCAUCUGGGAGUAUGACCCGACACUAGAGUCUACAUAUCGUCACCAAGCUACCAUUGAUGAUGAAGUGGUUUCCAUGGAGAUACUAGAUACAGCUGGUCAGGAGGACGCUAUUCAGAAAGAAGGACAUGUGCGAUGGGGGGAAGGCUUUGUGCUGGUUUACGACAUCACGGACAGAGGCAGCUUUGAGGAAGUGCUGCCACUUAAGAACUUGUUGGAUGAAGUUAAAAAGCCCAAAAAUGUCACCCUGAUCCUGGUGGGGAACAAAGCAGACUUGGAUCACUCCAGGCAGGUCAGCACAGAGGAAGGUGAAAAGCUGGCCACAGAACUAGCAUGUGCUUUUUAUGAGUGCUCUGCUUGCACAGGAGAGGGCAACAUUAUGGAGGCCUUCUAUGAGCUCUGUCGUGAAGUAAGGCGUCGAAAGAUGGUCCAGGGCAAGACUCGGAGACGAAGCUCUACCACCCACGUCAAGCAGGCAAUUAAUAAGAUGCUUACCAAAAUCAGCAGCUAAAAAGAGCUGUACUAAGCCAGAGAAGCAGAGCACAUUUAAUCAAAAAUGGUCAAAGCUUUGCAAUUAAAAAAAAAUAGAAAAGACAAACCACACCACUUUUUUGAGUAACAUGGCGUCAGACUUUUUUCCUAUUUCAAAAUGUAUUUAGCCACACCGCUUCUGGCUAACAUGGGGG